UUCUCUAGGAGGAGGACAAUCGCCUUUCAUGCUUGGAGCAUUGUAACGUUUCCCCGGCCGAUGCUUGUAUGCUUGUUUUUGUCCUGUGCACGUUUACCUCCCUUAAAAAUCCAUUCAUUUAGUCCAAAUCCGAAUCAGCCGUAAGGGUUCGCCGUCGCUUCUGCACUCGACCCUUUUUAAGUCGACUCAUCUUUUUAUGCCUGAUCUGUUGGGAUUCAGAGUGGGUGUUGUCACAGGACAAUGAUCGAGAGACCCGACACGGCUGUUUCCAGCGUUGCACAGAGGAACCUGGAGGGUUAUGUCGGCUUUGCCAACCUCCCCAACCAGGUGUACAGGAAGUCCGUGAAGAGGGGGUUUGAGUUCACACUCAUGGUUGUCGGUGAGUCUGGACUGGGCAAAUCCACGCUUAUCAAUUCCCUCUUCCUGACAGACCUGUACUCCAAAGACUACCCUGGCCCAUCUCAAAGGAUCAAGAAGACUGUUCAGGUGGAACAGUCCAAAGUGCUGAUAAAGGAGGGGGGCGUCCAGCUCACGCUGACCAUCGUAGACACACCAGGCUUUGGAGAUGCAGUGGACAACAGCAACUGCUGGCAGCCCGUCAUCAACUACAUCGACAGUAAGUUUGAAGACUUCCUGAAUGCUGAAUCCCGUGUAAACAGGAGGCAGAUGCCUGACAACAGGGUGCACUGCUGCUUGUACUUCAUCGCCCCCUCUGGUCACGGACUGAAGCCUCUUGAUAUUGAGUUCAUGAAGCGUCUUCAUGACAAAGUCAAUGUCAUCCCCCUCAUCGCCAAGGCUGAUACACUCACGCCAGAGGAGUGCCAGCUGUUCAAAAAACAGAUUAUGAAGGAGAUCCAGGAGCACAAAAUCAAGAUUUAUGAGUUUCCGGACACAGAGGAUGAUGAGGACAGCAAACUGAUCCGAAAGAUAAAGGAGAAGAUGCCUCUGGCAGUGGUUGGCAGCAAUGUGGUGAUCGAAGUAAAUGGCAGGAAGGUUAGAGGGCGUCAGUACCCCUGGGGUGUGGCAGAAGGUACGUUCUGCAUCAACAUGACCCAUAUGAGUUUUUUAACCUGUCAUCAAACAAUCCAUUCCAGGACACACAUGCAGGACCUGAAGGACGUGACCAAUAAUGUUCACUAUGAAAACUACCGGAGUAAGAAACUAGCAGCUGUCACCUGCAAUGGGGUCGACGCCACCAAGAACAAAGGCCAGCUCACAAAGAGUCCCCUGGCCCAGAUGGAGGAGGAGAGGAGGGAGCACGUGAUGAAGAUGAAGAAGAUGGAGACAGAGAUGGAGCAGGUCUUUGAGAUGAAGGUCAAAGAAAAGAAGCAAAAACUGAAGGACUCUGAGGCAGAGUUGGAGCGGCGUCACGAACAGAUGAAGAAGAAUCUAGAAGCUCAGUAUAAAGAGCUUGAGGAGAAGAGGCACCAGUUUGAGGAGGAAAAAGCCAAUUGGGAGACCCAGCAACGCAUCCUGGAGCAGCAGAAACUUGAUGCAUCAAAGACAAUGGAAAAGAACAAGAAAAAAGGAAAAAUCUUUUAAAGACAUCAUGAAGCUCCAUUCCUUAUAAAACCAGAAACUCCUUGCAUCUCUUUAGAUGUUCUGAUGUUUUAUGACCCCAUAAGAAACACAUGCUGGAGUGCUACAUUACAGUUUACUGCACAUUCCAUUUCAACAUGAAUGAAAGGAAUGAAAUGUAGGAUAUUUUUAUAGUCACAUCCACACACGAUAUCAUCGCCCUCUUCUGGUUGACUAUUAUAUUGCACCACAUGCCCAGUAUUUCAAGUUUAUGUCUCGACCUUUCGAUUAGAGUGAGAAUAUUGACCAACAUUCAUUUGAAACUUUAAAGUGUGGUUAUUAUAAACAACUCUUUAUAUAAAAAAUAAU